AUGCCGCGUUUACAAAAAAAUGAUAAUUUCAUAGAUAAAACUUUUACAGUAUUAGCCGAUAUAGUAUUAAAAGUUUUACCUACAAGUAAAGAAGAAAAACAAGCUUUUUGUUACUAUAGAGAUGGUAUGUCUGCACAGUCAGAAGGUGAAUAUGCAGAAGCGCUAGAAAAUUAUUAUGAAGCUUUAGGCUUAGAAGAAGAUCCAUAUGACAGAUCAUACAUACUAUACAAUAUAGGCCUAAUUUAUGCAAGUAACGGGGAACAUAUUAAAGCACUUGAAUAUUAUCAUCAAGCAUUAGAAUUAAAUAAUAAAUUACCACAAGCUUUAAACAAUAUUGCUGUAAUAUAUCACUAUCAAGGAUUAAAAGCAGCUGAUAAAAAUAAUCUAAAUGUAUCAAAAACCAUGUUUGAUAAAGCCGCAGAAUAUUGGCAACAAGCAAUAUAUUUAGCUCCUAAUAAUUAUAUUGAAGCUCAAAACUGGUUGAAAAUGACUAGAAGAUCGAAUAACGUAAAUAACUAA